AGAGCUAACGCAAGCAGCUGUGCCUGCGAGCGCCAGCCAGAUCGCGGGAGCGAGGGGGAGAAUCCUCUCACCACUCCUCCGUCGCCUCCUCUCCCCUCCUUCCUGCGCUCGCCCGCGCUCCUGCUCUCGCCUCCCCUGGAAACCUCCGCUGCCAGCUGAGGCAGGGCUCCCAGGCGCCGCUGGGGCUCUCGGGAUGAGGAGGAUCAGGGCUAAUGCCAUCGCGAUCCUGACUGUUGCCUGGAUCCUGGGCACUUUCUAUUACUUAUGGCAGGACAACAAGCCUCAUUCAACAGCAUCCAGCAGAUCCCCGAGCAGCAGCAGCAGCAGCACCAGGAAUGGGCAAAGACCAGCCGCGAGGCUGGAGAUCCACCGGGAAGACAGGACCAUCCCCCUCAUUAUGACAAGGGCUCCCCAAGGAGAGAAGAGCAGCUGGAAAGGUUUUGACGAGAAGGCUUACUUGUCUUCAAAGCUGCUGAAGGCCGGAGAAGACCCCUACCGCCAGCAUGCUUUUAACCAGCUAGAGAGCGACAAACUCAGCAGCGAUCGGCCCAUUCGGGACACCAGGCAUUACAGGUGUGCCUCUGUACGCUACGACACAGACUUGCCAGCUACGAGCCUCAUCAUCACCUUCCACAAUGAGGCUCGCUCCACCCUGCUGCGUACGGUGAAAAGCGUCCUGAACCGCACCCCUCCCAGUCUCAUCCAGGAGAUCAUUUUGGUAGACGACUUCAGCUCAGAUCCUGAGGACUGCCAGCUCCUUACCAAGAUCCCAAAAGUCAAGUGUCUGCGCAACACUCGGCGAGAAGGGCUGAUUCGCUCUCGUGUGCGAGGAGCUGACAUGGCCACCGCUGACAUCCUCACCUUCUUGGAUAGUCACUGUGAAGUCAACAGCGAGUGGCUGCAGCCGAUGCUUCAGAGAGUGAAAGAGGAUUAUACCAGAGUGGUGAGUCCAAUCAUUGAUGUUAUCAGCCUGGAUAAUUUUGCCUACCUGGCAGCAUCAGCAGAUCUGAGGGGAGGAUUUGACUGGAGCCUUCACUUUAAGUGGGAGCAGAUUCCUAUAGAGCAGAAGAUGUCCAGAACAGACCCAACUCAGUCUAUAAGAACCCCUGUCAUAGCAGGAGGCAUCUUUGUGAUUGACAAGUCUUGGUUUAACCACCUGGGAAAAUAUGAUACUCAGAUGGACAUCUGGGGAGGAGAGAAUUUUGAGCUCUCGUUCCGAGUUUGGAUGUGUGGUGGCAGCUUGGAGAUCGUUCCCUGCAGUCGAGUGGGACAUGUGUUCAGGAAGCGCCAUCCCUAUGACUUUCCUGAGGGCAAUGCAUUAACUUAUAUCAAGAAUACCAAGCGGACAGCAGAAGUGUGGAUGGAUGAAUACAAGCAGUACUAUUAUGAGGCCCGGCCAUCUGCUAUUGGCAAGUCGUUUGGAAGCAUUGCAGAGCGAGUGGAGCAGCGCCGCAAACUGAACUGUAAAUCCUUUCAGUGGUAUCUGGAGAACGUCUAUCCAGAACUCAAGGUUCCUGAAAAGGAGACGAUUCCAGGGAUAAUUAAACAAGGAGGAAAUUGCCUGGAGUCUCGGGCACAGGAUACGACAGGGAACAUGUUGGCUGACAUGGGAAACUGUAAAGGGAUAGUGAAUAAUCCACCUGUCACUCAGGAGUGGAUAUUCAAUGACCCACUAAUUAGGCAGCAGGACAAGUGUCUUUCCAUUACCACCUUCUCUACUGGCUCUCAAAUCACACUGGAAACCUGCAAUCAGAAAGAUGGCAGACAGAAGUGGAAGAUGAAAGGCGGUUUCAUUCAACACUUUGUCAGCGGUCUCUGCCUGGAAAACCAAGCUGGAAGAGUGGUGACCAACCCUUGCCAAGCAGAUGUGCCUGGACAACAGUGGGAGUUGCUACAAGCCACAUGAUGGUACUGCUUCCUUCCUUCUUGCUCCAUCUGUGUAUGUGCAGCUUUCUUGCAAUUCCUUCUUCAUAAUCGUAAUGGGACUAGGACCCAGCUCCUCUACAAACAUUUCUCCUAACUGCUGUAGACAACAGGAACUCUGGUUAGAUACAGUCUCCAAGCUCUGGGUCAGCCUUGGGUCAAAAGGCUCUUGUUAGCGCACUGGCUACUGCCCUUGACUUUGUGCCUGAUUUCUAUGUUGGAGGUUACUGACUGCUCCCAUGGCAGAGGUACCUAGACUAAUAUAUGUAUAUUUUUGCCUCUGUCAGCACUGUUUACUGCCUGGCAUCCAUCUGGGGCUGUGAGCUGGGGCAGCUGAAGGUUAGACUCCCUCCUUGUUCAGAUGCCCUAGCCUGGGGGAGAGAAGGGAAAGGGAGGGUAGAUGCUAGAGGUCAGAAACUUAAACUGCCCCUUACAGUUAAGGGCUACCAGAGCUCUAUCCAGUUCUGGACAUAUCAUGCUGAGGUGACCUCCCCACUGCUGUACUCUACAGGCAGCCAAAGCACUGCUCACCAGACCUUCCUGUAGGGCCAGUGCAGACCUCCGCACACAUCUUCAUAUCGAGGCCAUGGGUUCCCUCUGGGUUUUAGCAACUGCUGAAAAGAAGUGGCAUUACAAAAGGCUGCUUUCAAAUAUGGGCAAACUAAACUGCUUUGGAACAGGGCUCCAGAGGGAUUCCUUGAAAGAAAACUGCCUGAGCCCUCAAAUUUGGCCCAAAGCGCUUUGUUUCUUUAACACUCAGAACAAGGAGCUGCUCAUCCUUGUUUUCCUUACUUUAAACAGAUCCCUAGACUGUGAAGACAGAGCAUUCACAUUGAUAAGGUCUGUUAAGAAAGCUGUUAUUAUAUCAGAACAUCCAAUGUAAUUUCAUGUGCUUUGUGGGGACUGAUGAUUUUUUUUUAAAAGGAGCCAAAACUGCUGUUGUACAGAAAUCAGUCUCGAAGGGUUUAUCUUCCCCACUCCAUUGUAAGUUGCACUUUGCCAGAUGUAAUUUAUGUGGAACCCAGAUUUGUUUUCCCUUUUCUUGAAGAAAGCAUGUACCAGACUCUGUUUAAUGCCUUGAAUAAAAUCUAA